AUGUCUCCUUUAUGGCGCCGAAACGAUGGCUCCGACGGUCAGCCACCGUCCGACCAGGGGCAACAGUCCCAUGAAGAUCGCCGCUCUACGAGUACGCGACACCAGGACGAACCCGAUGAGCGGACGAGACUGCUGCCGCGCGAGAAUCCCGGAUAUCUGAGCCCAGAUGACCCUGCAGUAUCCCCAUACAAUCUCUGGAGCAUUCGCGCCCUUCGCGGCCUCUCGUCGCUCUGUCUAGCCAUCUCCUUCAUCUGGUGGACCUUCCUGCUGGUGUCCGUCUUCGUUAGCCCACCGACCAUGCACACGCGCGGCUCCGGCUUCUUCUGCUUCGCCUACACCACCCUGACCGUCGCCUACCUCGUCAUCAGCCUGCUCUUCUUCUCCGUGCCCUCCCGCCCCAUGGUGGUCUCGGGCAUCCUGCUGCUCGUCCUCCUCCUCGUCGACAUGUGCAUCAUCGUGAGCGUGCCGCGCCUGCGUCUCGAGGAGGGCUGGGUCGGCAUCGCCUCCGUCGUCUGGGCCACCCUCAUCGCGCUCUACAACGUCCUGCAGAUCCGCUCCGUCGCCUGGGGCAAGCGCGAGGAGGAGGAGCGCCUGACCGGCCGCGAGGAGACCCGGCGCCCGCUGCGCGAGUGGCUCGCCGUGCUGUUCGAGUCUGUCGCCAUGGCCAUCCUCGCCAUCGUCGCCAUCCUCUUCACCGCCACCCUCGUCCUGCGCGCCCGCGACGCCUCCCUCCGUCCCCCGGGCUCGCGCUACUACGUCAACGGCGACAGCUUCCAGGUGCAUCUCGCCUGUGUGGGCGACCCCAAAGACACCAACAACAAGAACAACACCACGCCCACGGUCCUUCUCGAGGCCGGCGAAAACCCCGCCGAACACACCCUGCAGCCCUUCAUCGAUGACGUCUACCGCAGCGGCGCCAUUCCCCGCUACUGCUACUGGGACCGCCCCGGCUUCGGCUGGUCCGACAACGCGCCGUCGCCGUACUCGGCCGGCAUGGCCGCCGACGCGCUGUCGGAGGCGCUGGCCCUGGCCGGCGAGGAGGGGCCGUGGGUGCUGGUGUCGGCUGGCGUGGGCAGCAUCUACAGCCGCAUCUUCGCCAGCCGCCAUGUGCUCGAGAUCGACGGCAUCAUGCUCAUCGACAGCCUGCACGAGGAUUACCUGGGGAAGAUUGCCUCGCCGGGCCGCGGCUUCCUGCUCUGGCUGCGCGGCGUCAUCUCCCCGCUGGGGUUUGACCGCGUUGCCGGCGCCAUCUUCAAGGGCCGCACCCGCGAGGACCGCGUCUACGGGCGGAGUGCCUACCAGACCGGCAAGGUCAUCAAGGCCAAGUUGCAGGAGAACCUGGUCGCCGCCACGAUGACCGCCUCGGAGAUUCAGACAGCCCGUCAUGUCCAGGAGGCUGACACCCCGCUGAUGGUCGUUAGUUCGGGCGUGGAGGUCCGCAAGAGCCAGCGCUGGGCCAAAGCCCAGCAGGAUCUCACCAAGGUCACGAGAAAUCUGCAGGAGUGGGAUGUGGUCAAGGGCGCACCGCACGAAGUGUGGCGCACGGUUGACGGAAGGCAGCUUUUGGAAAAACGAUUGAGACAGCUAGUCAAGGGAGAAUGA